UGUAAUUUGAUUUUAUUGAAAACUAAUGCAUUUGUGGAUGGAAAUGGAUUGACCUCAUUGAGAUGGACCAGUCUCUCAUUUCUGCAUACUGUAAUAAUACUUGAUAUUUGUUGAUCAUGUAGCAAACUAUUGCCACAUAUUGGCAAUCCACCGGAUGUCUUAAAACUAAGUACAUGGCCCCAGCAUCUCUGUGAAUGUAUUAGUGUUAUAAUGUAUCUGUUGUUUUUGAAAUGUCUGCAGAAACAAACCUGUUAGUGAGAGUCAGUGUUUUCCUUUAUUUUCCUCUAUAAAAUUGUACCAUUCUAUUACUGUUUUUCCUUGAGGAAGAACAAGGAAAGUUUGAAAAAGCACCUUUGGGACAACCAUGACCUGGAUGACUGAGAAUCUCCUUAGAAAACUGUAUGUAGUAUAUUUCUUGCCAAACAGAAGCCCAAUGAAAUAAUGCCUUUUAUUUAUGGGGAGGGGAGUUCCCAUACAACCAUAUAUGAUUUAUCAUGUUAGAGGGUCACAUUAUCUCAAUAAUUUGAAGACUACCACCUCUUUUAACAAUAAGGCCUAUUAGAAGGAAAUGAAUCAUUGCAUUUUCCCUACUCCUACAGAGGCAUUGAUAUUUUAUCAUAUUCACAUGUCUAUGGAGAAGGCAAGGAUGGGGAGACUCUCUGGAUCUCAUCUAAAAGCUAGAUCCACCAUCCCAACAACCAGAUGACAUUAUAGCAACCACAAGACUAUUUAGUGAGCACCUAGAAGCUAAGAGGAACAUACGUGGCAAAUUUCAAGCUUGUAGGCUUUACGGUUCUGGAGAUUUCAUGAUUAAUGUAUUAAUUCGGUUCUACCAAAGCACAUACCAACAUGGCCUCAUGGAAUGGCAGCAACCCAGCAGACAGGAGAAGAACAGGAGAAAGGCGCAGAUCAUCUCAGGAAACGACAUCAGAGGACUUGGUAGCUCAACAGACUGAGGAGGUGUUCCAGAGCUAUGCUUUCCAUCGAUACCAGCAGGAGCAGGAGCAAACUGAGGGGGAUGUGCCAGUUGAUCCAGAAAUUGCCGCAAUUCAGCAGGAGCCAAAUAGCAUCAACAGUCAGGUGGGUCGACGCUUAGCUAUCAUUGCUGAUGACAUCAAUGCACGGUAUGACAAGGAGUUCUCUGAGAUGCUGAAGUCCUUGCAGCCUUCCCAGGACAAUGCAUAUGAGUACUUCACCAGAAUAGCCUCCAGUUUGUUUGAAAGUGGCAUCAAUUGGGGGCGUGUGAUAGCCUUGCUGGGCUUCGGCUACAGGAUGGCAAUCCAUGUGUACCAGCAUGGCAUAACUGGCUUCCUGAGAAGAAUUGCACAUUACAUGGCUGAAUUUGUGCUACACAAUCGCAUUGCACGAUGGAUUGCUCAGCAAGGAGGAUGGGUGGCAGCACUGGACUUGAGCAAUGUUUAUUGGAAAUACAUGUUGAUGGUAGCAGCCGUGAUUUUGCUGGGCCAAUUUGUUCUACGGCGUUUCUUCAGUGAAUGACAGGAAAGGAAAAUGCUGCUGGUUUGUUGCAUAAGAAAGAUCCAAGAAACAACAAAAGGGGAAAUUAUGCAUGUUACCAGCUUCUAUUCCACCAGGACAUCUAUUUAUUUAUCCUCUGCGUGGUGAUUCCAAAGCUGAAGAGCCUGUAGUUUAGUUAAAAGAAGAGUGGAACCAAGCCUGAGGCAGAAUUUAUUCCAUCAAGCGGCCAUUGACCAGCAGUUCUUCCAUGGGAAACUCCAUGGUAUUGCAGAUGAGAAAAUUAGAUGCACUUUCCUCUGCAAGGUCUUUUUAAGAAGAACACCACCUCUUUGAGAUCAUUCUCAGGACUAAUUGAAUUCUCAAUCAGCUGAACCUCAUCACCAUAGAAAGAGUAAAACCACAAGGGGAAUGUUCCUUGAUCUGGUGCAAACCAAUUUUGAGCAGUUCUGCUCCUACGAGCUGGACAAGGGCUGAAAUAAUUGAGUAAUUGUAGAGCUCUCAGGAUUUAUCUGAGAAUCACACACAAGAUUAGAUAUGCUAGAUAUGAAUAUAUAUCUAGAUAUUCCAGAGGAGAUGAGAAAAAAGUGAUAGUAGCUACACUAUUUUAUAGGCACUUUUUCUUGCACUUGAUAAUUGCUGUCCUAAGUUGGUUAUAACAUGGGCAGAGUAGCUCCUCUUGCUUUGAAACAAUAUUGUAAUGACUCUUCUGAGGUGAAGAGAGUCAGCUGCUUGUAAAGAUUAAGAAAUGAGGCUUGCUUCUUUUCAAAGGAUGGUGCUCUAUUUCCCUUUUGAUUAGGUAUGAUUGUGGUUCACCUCAAAGGUGGAUGUGUGUUUGGGAUUGGGUGGAAAAGAAAUGAUAACAUUUCUUCAGGUUCCAUUGUACUUGUUUAAUAUUUUUUUUUGACAAUCGUUAAAUCUGUCUUACCCAAAGGAUGGACAAAAUGUGAUUUCCUGCUGUCACAGGAGUUGGAAUCUGCUUUCCCUAAUGAAAAAUUGGCAAAAUUCAGCCAAGUUGAGCAAAUUUUAAGGCCAUUUCCUAUUAAAUUAGUGAGGCUCGCUUCUAAGUAAAUAUGCAUAUAAUCAGGCUGCAAUCUUGUAUUGAUUUCAGUGGGAAGUUGAAUAUGUGUUUAAUCUUCCAUCUGAAAUUGGUGGAAUAUACAAGUGUUUAACAUUAUUUGGAUCAUGCUUAACUAAAUUUCUCGUUGCCUGUUUCAUGAAACAUCUCAAUGGGAACACAGAAUUCUUUGUAACAAAAGCAGGCAAAUAUGCAAAGCUGAAAUUUUCUGUUCAAAAUAAUUGUUUUUUAAUCUUGGGGUUUUUUUAUUUUGGGUUUUUUUAAAAAAAAUCCAAAGUCAAUUCUGGGUUUUUUUCCCAAUACUCUUCCAAAUGUUUACUUUGUAUAGCUUUUUUCUAAUGCUGAGUCUCAUUUUGACAUCUGAGAUAAAACUACUACUAUGUCAGGAAAAACUGACGUUUUGGAUACAACUCUGUUCUCUUUGCACAUUUCAUAAAGCCAUAACUCAAUAGUGAAACCUAAGUAGUUUUUCCUGCCAUACAAUUACCAAAAAUUCUUAAGCAGGUGACUUGACUUGACUUGAAUAUAUUAUGAAUAGUUUUUAUAUUUCUGAAUUUUUUUUAAAAAAAGAUACUCCUGAGAUUUCCUGAAUGCAUAUGUCAAUUUAUUUUUAAUACUGAAAAACAUUAGCAGUUUUCAGUUUAAAGAUAGUAUCAAUCUGAACCUGAUCAUAGUCUUAAAUUAAUUGUCAUGACAAAGGAUAGAUAAAUAUAUCUAUUUCCUUUUACCUGAAUCAGUGUUUGAGGAUUUGGCCAAUGUUUGAACCUCUUGUGGCAGAAGAGUAAUCUAAUAUACUCAUUUUAAAGCACUUUUCUUCUUGAGCUUUCUUUAGAAACUGUAUUCAUAUAGACAUAAUAUAGACAUUUUUGUGUGCACAUCUCCUUAAUAUAUACACUUAUAUUAUUAUUUUUGAAUUGCAAAUUGUGCAGAUUGCAAUAUGUAGAUUCAUACUGGUGAGCCUGGUAAGUUCCUAAAUUAAUUGAACAAAUUUCUCUCUUAUUCCUAAACAUGGCACUCUGCCAUGUUUAACUUACACCUGCUUAUUUCAAAGGGUGUCCCCUUUUUUGUGCUGGAACUCACUGGCAAUGCUUUCAAUUCUGGAAUAUAAUCUUUAGAAUAAAUCUUAUUUCCAGAAAUUCUUUGUAAAAGAACCCUUUCUAAAGACCUUCAUGUUUGAAUGGUUCAGCACAGUAACUUAAGAUAAGAUAACUUAUAGUUAGGGGUUCAGGCAGAUGUUUCUUGUAAGUAAGAGUUGUAUGAUGGUCAUAAUUACAACCAGAGCAAAUAGAAUACAGUUAGUGUCACUGAAGCUUGCUCCAUUUUUCACCAGUGCAGUGAAUAGUUUUAUCUGUAGUCCACAAAACCAGUGCUAAAGCAGCUACUGAUAUGUAGCAGUCAAGAGCAGAAAUUUGGAAGGGCAUUGAAAAAAGUCAUCUUUUUUAACAUUAGGAUCAACAUUGGGAUCUACAAAGUACUUGAAGCAUCUAUUGCAGUUAAUUUUGCUUCCUCAGUGCUGCAAAUGAAUUGGGCAUUUUUCCUCAAUAACUUCUUCUGAGGUCCUAUUUCAAGUUUGCCUAAAGGGUUCCCCUUCACUUAGUGGGUGAAUCUACCUCAGAAUUCUCAGGUUUGGGUCCAAGGGAAACCAAGGCCCUAUCACUGAAACUGACCAUAGUUAGGAGAGGAGCAUCAUUUAGCCGUUAACCUUAACACCUUAUAUAUGCUUACAGGCACUAUAGUAGGCUGUGUUUUUUCCCCUAUUAUUGGCUCUAGAGUUUGUUGAGAUCUAGGUUUCUGGUCCUUCCAUUGACUCAUUUAUACCAAGCAGCAAAGUUUUCCUCUCUCUGCUGCCAUUAUUCUACUGUCUUUGACAAGUUUAUGUGAAGGCCAUCAUCAUUCCCAAACAGUUCUCUUGCUUUAGGCUAACUUUGUCUAUAGGCAGCAUUGAGGCUACCUUAGGUGCCUCCUGGAGGCCCUGGAACUGAUUAUUGUUUUUACAACAGGGGAAACUGGAAGUUGUGGAUUUUUUUCUGCCUUGGGUGUCAAAAUAAUUUGGCUAGUUUUGGAAUGAUAAUCCUUACCUUUGCAAGCAAGAAAAGCAGCAGGAAAAUUUGCUCUUCUGCCUCAGGUGACAAAACAUUUUGGGCUUUAUAUGAAUGAGAAAGUGAGCCCUCAAAUGCAUAAAUAACAAAAAGAGGAUACCCAAUGAGAUUUACAAAGCAAAGCUGGACAUGACUUCUAAAGGAUAUUUUCCAGAAGCUUGAGGAACUCCAGUUGACUAGUGCAGGCAAAUAAUUGCAUAGAAUAAAUGCCUAGUUGCAGAUAGGCUUAAAAGAAUGUCAUUUGCCUUGCUGCAUAAAAUGUUCAUAUGUCCACCUUUUAUCCUCUCCUGCAAGUUGGAGAAAAUGCGGGUCUCAUUUCUACUGUGCUCAUGAGUAAAUAUGCCAGAAGAAGUUUAAUAAAUACCCUGUGAUGCCUCUUACUAUAUAGCAUGGUGCUUCUUCUGCCUUUACCAACUGUGGAUGCUUGGGACGUCGCUUUGUCAGGUUUCCCCCAAGAAAAGACAGCAUGUGGCCUUCUAAACAUUUCAUUAUAGGUAUAACUGUCAUGGAAUCCCAGGACCCUGCCAAAAAUCCUGCUGCAGGUUGCAAGGCACACAAGAUGCUCUAGCAUUGGUUCUGCUACUCAGUCUGAACUGAAGGGUUGCCUUACACCACUAUCCGCUCUGCCUGACCCGCUAGGAAAAACCAUGGAAAUGGUAGAAAGUUCUUUUUAAGAGAAAGUUGCCUGCCAUUGCUAAUCAUACUGAGUUUCCCCAUUAAGAUUUGAAAGUGUGACAGGACUCCCAGCCCAGUUUAAAAAUCAACAUUUUGCCAGUUACUACAGUAUUGUUUUGGGGGGAAUGAGGGGAGAACAACAAUGUCUAAUAAUAAUGUUUUCAUUUUUGGUUUAAAAUGUGAAUAAUCUGAGCAUAGUAUUUUAACCCAUAAACAUGUAACCCUGAGCCUGAUCUUUGUCACCCUGUUGAUUUAAGAUGUAUUUGCCUCAGUACAUAAAGGACUUGGCAUUAACUGGCUUUUGAGAACUAAAUAGCAUCAUUUGAUUUAAAUUCUCCAUCUGAACCAUGGAAUAUGUGCCUCACUAAAGCAUUGUAUACAUUCCUGAUGAUAUUUGUGGCAACUUUGAAUUUACAUACAUGAAGGCUGAAAACAAUGGAAGUAAAAUAAGAACUGUCCAGUCAAUGAAGAAAUAUGUUGGUUUUUUUCUCCCUUUAGCUAUAGUUCUGUUUUUAUAAAUUAAAUACUUGAAGGGAAUAUAAUAAUGAAUGACGUUGCUUCAUCUCUAAUUUAAAAGGCUACUUAUUAUUGCAUCAUACUCUGUUUUAGAACCCACUUUCCUAAGGAGUUUAAAGGGAAAUAAAUUAGUGCAACUUGCCAACUUUUAAAAUGUGUGGACUUCCCCAAAUUCCUGUGCUGGCUGAGAAACUGUUUAAUAGGUACUAGCCUUUCUGCUAAGCAGCCAGAAUCACCUUUUUUCCAUUAUUUUAUUUAGAAAUUUGAAUUGCCAGAGAAAGCAAGAGCUUUCCACUCACAAAAUACCUCUGGAAGUUUUCAAAUCACUUACUGUAGGUAGGUACAGUCAAACCCAACGAUAGAAAGACAGGUUUUGGAAUCAAUUCUUUUUUUGAAGGAAGUUGUUGAGAUCUUAACUAUCCUUUCUACUUGCAUUGGGUUGAGGUUUGGAAAUACAGUUAAAUACAGGAUGGCAGCUGGUAGAGGUGCUUCAUCUGGCCUCAAUGUAUCAAGGAGGAGAAACUUUUCUGUUGUUGUUGGAUAAAGAAGAUAAUCAAAUCAAUCAUGUUUUAAGGAAAAAAGAACCACAGGUGGGUUCCAUUCUACCUCUAUCAUAGGAAAAAAAGGAAAUGAACCUCUAUUGGGGGAGGGGCUGCUAUUAUUUCUGGAGAUACAAAAAAUAUGCCUUAUCAUAUACCAUAAAUGUACAAGUAUUUCACUGUAUGCCAUAUCCAUGAGGAAAUGUAUUGGGUUUUUACCAGAAAGCUGACUCUUUUAUGUACUUCUUUUAUUAAAAAAAAAAAAAAAUCCUCAAAUUGUGAAGUGCCUAGCACGUUGUUUGUUGGUUAAAAAUAAAUGCUAUACAGCAGGGUCUGUAAAAUAUAUAUUAUAUACACACAUUAAAAUAAAACGUGUUUAUUCAUAUGCUUCUCUAUUCUUUGAGCAGAGAGCUCCGAAUUA